CGCGGACUCGCCUGGCUGCGGGGUGCGGGCGGCAGCGGCACCGGCACCGGGAGCCAUCGGAGCGAGACGGGCACCGGCAGCGGCACCGGCAGCGGCACCGGAGCGCAGCCCGGCUCGGGACCGGGCGGGGCGGGGGAACCGGCCGGCUCCAAACCCGCCCCCCGGAGCGGGAGGAGGCGCUGGCCGAACCCCCCCGCCGCGCUCCAGCCGAGCCAGCCCCGCUCCGCUCGCCCAUGGCGACCCUCGGCCCCACGCGUGCCCCGGGCCCGGCACGGAGCCGCCGCUGAGCGCUGCGCACCGGCACCGGCGUCCAGUUUGUAGAGACAUGUUCAGCGGAAGCCGGGAAUUCAGCCCCUUGCCUUCCUCGCCGUCUUCCUCACGGGAUUCCUCCUCCUCCUCCUUUUCUUCCUCCUCUUCCUCCUCCUCCUCCUCCUCCUCCUCGCUGCCGGCGGCUCCACGGAGAUCCCCACGGGCCCUGCCACGCCACGGCUCCCUGCUGGCCCAGUACAGCGCCUUGCUGGAGAGCUACACGGAGGGCGAGAUCCGGCAGCUGGUGUCGGCGCUGGUGGAGCGCUACCGCCAGGCCAUGAACUCGGGCGGGCACGAGCUGCCGCUGUUCCCCCGCUCCGGCAGCCGCAGGAAACGCGCCCGCGCCCGCCAUAAACCCUGCGAGCUGCGCCAGCUGGAGGUCAGCGUCAGCGAGCUGGGCCUGGGCUACGAGUCGGACGAGACGGUUCUGUUCCGCUACUGCAGCGGCACCUGCGAGGCCGCCGUGCGCAGCUACGACCUCUCCCUCAAGAGCAUGAGGAGCCGCAGAAAGAUCCGGAAGGAGAAGAUCCGCGCCCGGCCGUGCUGCAGGCCGCUGGCCUACGACGACGACGUGUCCUUCCUGGACGCCUACAACCGCUACUACACCGUCAACGAGCUGUCGGCCAAGGAGUGCGGCUGCGUGUGAGCCGGCCAGGGGGACGGGCACGGAGGCUGGAGCGGCCGGAGGAGGAGAGACUGAGCCGCCGGCGCGUCCCUCGGCGUCACCGCGCCGCGCAGGACCGGACACGAGGCCGCGGCCGUGGCGGGGGCGCUCGGGGCGGUGACGGCUGCUCGGGGCUGUUGUCCCCUCUGCGGGUGGCUCUGCUGAGGGGACAGCGGGGGUGCCACGUGCUCGGGGCAUGGCCGGGCCUCGGUGUGCACUGCCCGUGCUGGGUGCCACACGUGUCACGUGUGUCACACCUGUCACACCUGUCACACCUGUCACACCUGUCACACGUGCCACACCUGUCGCACCUGUCACGGGCGCGGUGCAGCGCAGGUGUCUCUGGCAUGGGGGGACCCGCAGGUGCCGCGGGUUCUGUGUCAGGGGGUGGCACACACAGGGGGUGUGGUGAGCAGUGUUGGUGCUGUGCGGGGCUGGAGAGGGUGUGCUGCACACCUCAGGUGUGUUUUGGGGUGUCCUGCACACCUCAGGUGUGUUUUGGGGUGUCCUGCACACCUGAGGUGUGUUUUGGGGUGUCCUGCACACUCAGGAUGUGUUUUGGGGUGUCCUGCACACUCGGGAUGUGUUUUGGGGUGUCCUGCACACCUGAGGUGUGUUUUGGGGUGUCCUGCACACUCAGGAUGUGUUUUGGGGUGUCCUGCACACUCGGGAUGUGUUUUGGGGUGUCCUGCACACCUGAGGUGUGUUUUGGGGUGUCCUGCACACUCAGGAUGUGUUUUGGGGUGUCCUGCACACUCGGGAUGUGUUUUGGGGUGUCCUGCACACUCAGGUGUGUUUUGGGGUGUCCUGCACACUCGGGAUGUGUUUUGGGAUGCAUUUACAGGCUCGGGGUGUGUCGGGUGCCCUGUGCUGCCCCAGGGUGGGAGCUGAGUCCUUCUCUCUGUAGCUUUGGGGUUUUGUGACCACCCUGUGUUGCUGGGGGAGGUUCAACCUCCCCAGAUCCCGGUGUUUGGGGACACAGAAACACCGGCAGCGGUUUGUGCGUGGCUCUGACUCCCUCUGGCUUGUGCCCCUGUUGCCAUCUUCUCAUUCCUGCAGCCCUGGGGCUUUUCUUCUUAAAACUCGGGAUAAUCUGGAGUAACUGGAUUAACCUCGGGUGCCCCCGCCACGGGCAGCUGGGCCCGGCCACUGCCAGGGAGGUGACGGCACUUGGCGGCGUGGGCAGGAGCACCCCAGGUUUGGCGUCUCCCAAAUCCCACCCGGCUCUCCCGGGAGCAUCUCCCAUCCCCUGGAAUCCUGCGGGAGAGGGGACUCGGUCCUGGCUUUGGCUCCACUCGCAUUUACAGCGGUGUCACCGCUGUUUACUCUGCGGGGAAAUAAAUGAGCCCGCAGACUUUCACAUUCCCUGGGCAGGCUCGGUUUGUUGCCUGGGAUUGAUGGGUUUUCUCCCCUUGGCUCCUUUCCCAGAAAGAGCAAAUCAUAAACAGAAGGAGAAUAUUGGUGUCACGUCCUGGGCAUUAACCAACGGGAGGGAAAACACUCCCUGUGCCACCCCCGCUCCUGGCUCCUCUGCCCGGUGAAA